CAAGCCUUGGCACCUUGGCGGUUACGUAUAUUUCCCACGAUCUCCCCUAGUACAGAGAUGUCUUCCCAAGUCAUUCCCCUAAUUAGUAUGGUGAGCGCAUACCCGAAACCGCUAUCACCUCCCUUAUUGUCAAGAGACAACUGUAGAUGAUAAAAACAAGGGAGGAAAUGAAUCACGUUCCUGUACCCGUUCCUUGCUAUUGGCCGGAGUCUCGAGAACCUCCAUGCUCAUUUGCAGCUGAGCUCCAGACUCUGGGCAGACAUAUCAAGAAUGAUCAUGGUCUGCAAAUCGGGUUCGGUUGCGAAUACUGCGGCUUUACGCAUCCCUCGGAAUUAGUUAUUCGGAAUCAUCUGUGCUCGGCACCUGAAUAUGAGCCGUCCAAGACGAAAGUCCCAAAGAGCGAGUAUGCGAAAGCUCGGUACUACCGAAAACUGUACCGGAAACGGAACCCUUCCGCCUACGGUAUACCAAAAUAUGCGUUUUGGCGCCAAACCUUUAAACCUGGCAAUGGAAAAAGAAAAGCGGAGACAAAAGCCGCUAUAAGCGGGAAAGCUCUCUCACACGAGGCUCAGUCAGGCCGAGAGCUUCAGUCGGAUCAGGACGCUGACUCCGAUCAGGAGAGUGACUCUACCCAGGAGGCCCAGUCAGGCUGGGGAGCUCAGUCGGGCCAGGAGGCUAGCUCGAAUCCUACUCAACAUCAUUGCCCCAAGUGUCAGACCGCCAUCAUACCUUACACUAAAAAGGGUAUUUUCACCCAUCGUCUUUCUGCAGGACAUAAGACGAUUAUUGAUCUAAACCCUAAGCAACUAUUGCGAAACAAGCGAAGCAGACAAGAAGAGCUACCAGAAGAUGUCUUUGUUCCCCCUUCGAUUGGUGUCGAUACUGAUACCGACUCUAACGAAGAUGAUUCGUCUGAAUACGCGGAUCAUGAUAUAUCAUUCAAUCAGGGGCUAGAUUGCUACGAGAAUAAGAAGAACCAGGAAAAGAAUGAACCUACGGUUGAGCAUAUACUCCCACCGACCUUAGAUCACCAGACACAUACGCCGCUAACCGCGAUCAAUCAGCAGCAAGCACAAGAUCUCCAGCGGAAACAUCAGGAAGAGUUAAGCAAACUAUUCUUCCAAUGUAUUCACCCUAAGCAUCGGGCGAAGGUGAAAUCGAUACUUGCUACUUACGUCAUGAUCGGAGACUCGAAGACGAUCAUCAUAGCACUCGCGUGCGCAGAUAUGGAUAUCGAUCCGGAGAAAACGGUGUUCGCUCUUCGAAAGGAUAGUGGUUGGUAUUGCCAGGUACCACAAUGCGGAGCCGUGUACCAUCUUGACUAUCCGUUUGCUAUUAAACUUCAUCUUGAAGCCCAUGGACCGAAUCAGUGGUUCUGUGGGGAAAGUGAAUGUACAGCACCGGGACCCUACGGAAACAAGCAACAGCUAAAUGACCACAUUGCUACGCAGCAUAUAAACUCAGCAUAUAGUCACCGAGCUGUGCGUCGCGUACCAAAGCACGAGGUGUCGGUAUCCCAGUUAUCUAGCCUACUUAAUCUCCUGCCACUACCAAUUCGCGAAGGUACUGAAGAGGAGAGAUAUCAAGAAGAUUACGCAUUCUUCGAAGGGGUCAAUAAAGACGAGUGGGAUUUAUGGUUGAAGUUUGGCAAGAUGAGAGACUAUGCACGACGAGAAGAUUUCGACAUCAACCAAUACUAUGAUACAACAAUGAAGUGGUAUCAGCUUUACAGACCCCCAGCGAAGCUAGGGCCAGAUUUAUAUAAGAUAAACUUUGGCCUAUUAACACGACUGUACAUCGUGUUAGACGCAAAGUGCUUUGAGGAGGGUCGCGAAAUUAUUGAAAUCUACCACAAUUUCUGCAUGGAGAUUGGAAGUCAGCAUAGGGACGUCGUCUUGGCCCAUCUUCGGCGAGAAACUAACUCGAGUGACUGUGGCCCCGGAUUACGUGUUCCCGGAUUCCAUCUCGACGGAUCACGUAUGGCUGGAGAGGCGGACGUUCAACCGUACAACGGGCGGUAUCAACUACUAUGUCCUUGGCCUGGUUGUCAGUUCCUCGGUGCUCCCGAUCGACGUUCGCGAAUGGCACGCCACUUUGUGACCCGCCAUCUAGGUUGCCAAUGGUGGUGCCAUGAGAAGGGCUGCGAAUCCUAUUGUGCAUAUCGCAAUUUCUGGAACCUAGAGCGGCAUAGAAUGUUUUGCCAUGUUGGCGCCUCACUUCAAUGCGGACACAAAUCAUGCAACCAAGUUCUGGUCAAACAUUGGUUUAGUAAAGCGCACCUCACCGAACAGCGCCUACGUCAACACGACGAGGCAAUAUUCAAUGCGACACUAGCAGGUAUGCGCCAGACAUUGAGGACUACAGAGCUUGUACCAGCGAGUCAUGCUCUUCCAACCGCUCAAGAGUAUCGUAAUCGAUUCCGAAACGGCAGUUUGGCUUUCUUCACCGCUGCUCGGCGCGCAAAGUGUGAACGACAAAAUCUCGAAGUCCUGGCAGUAUAUGCCCUUGAUAUCUCAAAUACUCAGUAUGAAAACGGCAGUACCUGUUCGGGAUUUUAUUAUGGGAGACGCCGCUUCGUGUGUGCUGACUCAGUUCCGCUCGGUAUCGACACAACUCGAUUAUUGUUUGUCCCGACAAGAAUGCUCUUUACAGUAUCAGACACUUGCGAUUUUUGUGUCUUUGUGAUGUCAAGGAUACGUCGUGUUCUCGCAGAACGACCCUCUCCAAUUUCGUUCGGAGUCAGCGAUAAGCGUUUAGGGACACGUAACCGAUAUGGUCUUGGUUCGUCGAUUACAAACCAUGAAUCGUUUCGUCUAUAUACCGCAAGAAGCCCGCUGAUUUUGACACCUAUGGCGGAAAAAUAUCGCUUCCUGAAAGAGUCGGCACCCUAUAGAAUCCGGAUUAUCGAUUAUGAGACUGUGGCAGUCCACGAGCCAGGAUUACCAUUAUUACCAACUGAGAUUACAGUGCGGAAUGGGAGUGGCGAAAUAAUUGUAAGUUGCAUUAUCAGCGAUGAAGGUAUGACAAACGCCGAGUUUGAGGAUAUGAUGCGCUCCAUGGGCUACACCCACCACAAAAGUUUUGAGUCGGCCCGGAGGAUUCGUGGUCCUCAGCACGGUCCACUCAGGGGCCCUACAAAGACGUCGAAAGAAAUUGUCCAAAUUCUCCUUGAUCAUGGAUUAGGUCCCGAUACGUUCUUGGCCGAAUGGUCGAUGUCUGCGUUUGAUAUCAGAUGUAUGGAAGUUACGGUCAAGGCCGCUGGACGAUCCCCAAACGAAAUACUCCCGCCACGCUCCGACUGUUGGCUAGUAUGUAGAGACUUUAUGCGGGCACUACCAGGUCUCAGCUCAUCAUAUACUCUCGCAAAUAUCGUCAAACUUAUGAACCCCUCACUCGUGCCUGGAAUGAGGUUCCAUACCUCCUCCGCCGAUACUCUAGCACUCUACAAUGUCAUCCAUCACUUUGUCUUCGUCUACGGGCACGGUGGAAACCCCCUACUCGCAGGUCAGAGUACUCCGAGAGUGGCUGAUCGCGUGGACUGAAGAAUGUGGAAGCAACGCCUGCUGGGAAAUU